UUCCUGCGGAACAUCUGAACCCUACGUUUAAUGCCCGGAGAGGACUGGCGUCCUCCCGAACGCCUCGGAGAAAGCAAGGAGUUGGAGAUGUUUGCAGCGGUGUUCUCAACGAUGUCGUUGAAUCCACCCCUCUCCAGGCCUCUCUGCUCUCCUUCUUCUCUCCCAUCCAAUGGGAUCAGUACGAAGGCAUCGCUUCCCAAUCUCCCGCUCGGGAGCCGACUCUUCGUCAGUAAUCUGCCCUUUUGUAUUGGUGAAGCUACUCUCAUUAAACUAUUCUCAAAGUUUGGCCCCAUAGUAGAGGUUAAACUUGCUAAACAUGAAAAGACAAAGAAGUCAAAAGGCUAUGCUUUCAUUCAGUACUCUAGUCAAGAUGAUGCUCUGCUGGCUAUGGAGCAGAUGGAUCAAAGGGUGGCUGGGAUGAUUCCUCUUUGGCCAACAUGGAACUCAGGCACCACCUGCAUGGAAUUUCUAUGUGGGCCAUCUGCACCUAAAGUUUUUCUCAGCGGUUUCCUUGUCUCACCAUUUGACUUGCUUCAUUCUGUUUUGUUGUUCUUACAAAGUGAAUGAGGAUAAAUGGCAGAAUCAUCUAUUCUGAGAUGGCAAAGCCCUUGAAUAGUGGAUUUGCUGAUUACCCAAUAACUUCGGGUCCGCCUUCACAGCCAAAUUCAGAGACAAGUUCAUGGAUGGAUAAUUGGGAUGGGGAAGAAUAUUAUUAGCCAAAUUAACUACUGCUGGUUCUUCAUGCUCUUGCAAUACUAAUGCAUUUUAUAUCUCUCCACUGUCAAACUUUAAGAUCCUUAUUACUGGUAGGAAGCAGUGAAAGCUGAAAGCAAGGUAUAUAUUGCAAUGUAGGCCAACAAGAGGAUGCAAUCCAAUUAUCAUUUUUUAUCCUCCCAUGUGGAUUUCAGUUCAACACACAGCAGAUCUUGCCUGAGAUGCUGACAGGCAUAUUAGUUUGCCUUGGCUGCUGAUGUUGGUUCUUCCUAAUUUCUGGACAAAAACUAUGGAACAUGAUUGUCUGUGUAUUAUAGUCAAUAUCUGCUUCAUUCUUUUUGAGAUAAAGAUUGUAUAUUGUUAAUCAAAAUCGAUAUAGCUGCUUUGGCGGCCUGGAAAGAAAUACCAAUGUUGAUGCUAUUAUGAAGCUCA